AUGUUAUUACAGCCUUUAGAUCAAGAACUCACCAUGUCUUCUCAGCCUCCUGGAUAUACUCACCACUCCCCAAAUGCAGUGAGGACUGAAAACCAUACACCAGAAAAGAUUUUCUUUCCUUAUGCAGAACCUCCCGUGGGAAUGGUAGUUCAACCUCCAGAUCUGUUUUUUCUCAAACGUACAAAAUCUAAUCCUGUGCAAGAAACUCCAAGUCAGAUUACAAAAGCACCUAAAGAUGUUGCAGCUCACACUCUAGAAUAUAAGAAGAGGUUGCCUCCAGUCCCAGUUGAGGGUCAAGCUGAGUCUCCACCACCACCCAAUAUGUCAUUACAGCCUUUGGAUCAUGAACUCACCAUAUCUUCUCAACCUCCGGGUUGGACUCAUCACCCUCCAACUUCAAAGGAGACUGAAAACUAUACACCAGGAAAGAUUUUUCUUCAUUAUGCAGAUACUCCCUUGGGAAUGAUAGUUGAACCUCCAGAUCUGUUUUUUCUCAAAACUACAACAUCUGAACCUGUGCAGGAGACACCAACUCAGAUUACAGAAUUGCCUAAAAAGAUUGUAGCUCAAACUUUAGAAUAUAAAGAGGGCUUGCUUCCAGUUCCAUUUGGGGGUGAAGAUGAUUCUCCAACUCCACCCAAUGUUUCACUACAGCCUUUGGAUCAGGAACUCACCAUAUCUUUUCCUCCUCCUGGACGGUCUCAGCAACCGCCAAAUCUGAAGGAGAGGAAAGAAAAUCAGCCCAAAGAGAUUCUCUUUCACAAUGCAGAACCUUCAAUGGGAAUGGUAGUUGAACCUCUAGAUCUGUUUUUUCUCAAAACUAUGGAAUCUAGACCUGUGCAAGAGGCCCCAGCUCAGAUUACCCAAUCACCUAAAGAGGGUGUAGUUCAAACUCUAGAAUAUAAAGAGGUAGUGGCUUCAUCUCUAAUUGAGGGUAAUGCUAAAUAUGUAACACCCAGUGUUUCAUAUCAACCUUUAGACCUGGGACUCUUUGAAUCCUCUGGCUCCACUCCUGAGGUUUAUCAUUCUACUACUUUCAAUGAGACUACAGUUCCUUCUUCAGUGCAUCUUCAAGUUCCAAAGCCACAUUUGCACUCAAAUUUUUCUGUAACUCAACAACCUAGUACAAUGGUUAAACAUUCUUCCAGAGUGAAGGAGACUCCAGCUCAUCCUUCAGAGAUGCCUGUGCAGACGGUAGCUCAAGCUGUAGAGCAUUACCCAACAACAGUUUUAACUUCAGUUUAUAGUGAAACUCAACAUUCAAAUUUAUCAGCACAUUCCGAAAUCCUAACAACUACAGCCUCUUUUCCAGAGGCUGCACAUUCUGAAGUCCCAACAACCACAGCUCCUUACCCACAGGCUAUAUAUUCUGAAGUUACACUUUGUGAAGUCCCAACAACUACAGGUCUUUAUUCAGAGGCUACACAUUUUGGAGUCUCAACAGCUACAGCUGCUUCUCCAGAGAUUAUGCAUUCGAAAGCCCCAGAGACUACAGCUCUUACUCCAAAGUGCCCUGGUACAACAGGUCUAUCUCCAGAUCAGGCUGAGAAACAUCCAAGCCCAACAGUUCAAGUUUUGAAAAUGGAAUCUACCAUAACUCCAUCUUCUGAAAAAUCUAAUACAGAAAAUGAUUUAACUAUAGAAAAAGUCGCCUACACUUACACCAACAUAUGUGACUUCUGCUUGUGUGAAAAUGAGACACUGUUGUGUGUUCAUCCCAGCCCAAAAUGGAGACUCCACCAAGUGCCUGUGCCAAGUCCCAACACCUACAAUGACACUUUUGUUAUCUUAAAUUUCAAAGGAAAUGAUAUUUCUUACAUUGACAAAAACAUAUGGAAGGUAUACCGUUGGACUGAGAAAUUGAUUCUCAGUGAAAAUCACCUGACUGAAUUACAUAAGGAGUCAUUCGAAGGCCUGCUAUCCCUCCAGGUUUUGGAUUUAUCCUGCAAUAAAAUACACUAUAUUGAAAGAAGGACAUUUGAACCAUUACCUUUUUUGAAGUAUAUGAACCUUGGGUGUAAUUUACUCACUGAACUGAGCUUUGGAACAUUUCAAGCAUGGCAUGGAAUGCAGUUUUUACAGCAGUUAAUUCUCAGCCGUAAUCCUCUCACGGUUGUUGAAGAUCCCUACUUUUUUAAGUUGCCAGCAUUAAAACAUCUGGACCUGGGGACCACACAGGUGCAACUGACAACGGUUGAGAGCAUCCUCAUGAUGACUCUGGAGCUGGAACAUCUGAUCUUACCUAGCCACAUGGCCUGCUGUCUCUGCAAAUUUAAAGCUGAUAUUGAGGUUAUCUGCAAGACAGUCAAACUGCGUUGUCAUACCGGAUGUCUGACCAACACCACACAUUGUCUUGAAGACGCAUCUAUAAGGAACCCAGGAGGAGCAUUCAUGAAAGUGUUGCAGGCCCGGAAGGGGAACACCAGCACUGAGCUCAUUAUUGAACCAGAAAGGGGCAAUUCAGACAAGAAUUAUGCCAACUAUUCCAGUUCAAUGGAUGAAAAGUUAGACCUUAAUGAUGAAAAAGAUGUUAUGAGCGCACUAAAUUACAUACUGCCAUAUUUCUCAGAGGGAAAUAUGGAAGACGUAAUAUCCUCAAUGUUACCGUUCAUUAAACUCCUGUUUUCUCAGGAACGAGAUGCAGGUAAUUCAUUGGAAUCUUUGCAGAAAGCCCCAGGAAGUGUUCCUGUUACAAAUGAAUCUAAGUCCAGUAAUGUGACUUACAAAAAUAAAUUGAAUAAACUUUAUUUUUUAGAAAAUUUGUUAGACACAGACAUUGAUAAGAUUCAAAAGAAAGAGAAACCUGGGAGGCACAAAGCAAGAUCUAAAAAUGUAGGUCCCAAAUUUAAACAGCAAAUAUUUGAAAAGAGAUGGGAGCCUGCCCAGGCUGAGGAAGACAAUCUUGCAGAGAUUGAGAAGGCAGAGACAAGGCUCCACAGCAUGAGCAGGGUCCCCAAGGGGACAGGAAGCAUACAGAAAAGGCACUUCAAGGAAGUGAGUGGCAAGAGCCUGUGGAGCAGGCAGAGCAUCCAGACCCCUGUGGAGAGCCUCUCCAAGGACAGGCAGCUCCAGAGCCCACCCUCAAUGGAGCUGCAGCAGCUCGGUCUGGAGCAGAGGCCCAGGGAGUUCCUGGGCAAUUCCUUCCCCUCAGAGCCCUUGCUCCCAAAGGAGCACGGGGAGGAACUCUCUUCUUCUCCAGAACCACCCCUGCUGGACAAGGCUCCCACCACAAACUCUCUACCCGAGUUCAUAGACAGACGAAAAGACUUGUCUUACACCAUCUAUGUUUUAGAAAGUGCAAACGCUAAUGUGAAGAGAACGAAGGGUUCUAACCCAAGUUUACAACCUGACGCGAGGCAUCGAAACCUUAGGAAGAAAAAAUCUCAUUUCCAGUUGAUUGCAAAGAGGCCAGCAGCGUCCUCUGCCGUGAGGAGCCUGGUAAGUUCCCCUGCACGAGGGGUCUUUUCAUCUUUAGGAGACCCGAGGUACCCAGAAAGGCACUUUUCGGAAUUAUAUGCUGCUCCAGAGCCUUCUACAGAAAAGCCUCUUGAAGAAAAUCAGGCUGCAACAGAUAAUGUUGAAGAAAAUAUUCUUGAACAAAUCGUCACUAUGCCUGAAGAAACUACAUCAAAAAAUAAAUCUGCUAAGUAUCCUGCUGCAGAUUCUGAUAUAUCUAUACCCAAUAUACCAGGCUUAAUUCCACCUGUUCUGCAAACCAGUGAACCACAGUCACACUUCAUUUUCGGGUCUGACUCGCUCAACAACUUCGAAGAAUUUGCUUACCCAUCGCUGAUGUCCCCAGGAGAACAGUUUGAAUCUCAUCUCAACCAUCAGCUGCGGGUGCUCAUCCCCAACAACGAUGUGAGGAGGCUCAUCUCUCACGUUAUCAGGACUUUGAAGAUGGACUGCUCUGACAGUCAAGUGCAACUGUCCUGUGCUAAGCUCAUCUCCAGAACAGGCCUCCUGAUGAAGCUCCUCAGUGAGCAGCAGGAUUUCAAGCUGUCCAGGGCCGACUGGGAUACAGAACAGUGGAAAACUGAGAACUACAUCAACGAGAGCAUAGAAACCCAAGGCAAAAUGAAGAGUCUGGAACCAAAUCAGCUUGAAAAAGAAGUCUCAGAGUUUGGCUACAAUAACAAAAUCACCUUGGCGAUAUCUGUGACCGUCGCAGUGACAGUUUUGAUUAUCAUUUUCUGUCUCAUUGAGGUUUGUUCCCACAGAACAAAAAAGGGAGACGAAGAAAAGUACAUAUGGGGAAAGAAAUACUACAAGGAAAGAAAGAAUCAGGGAAAAUAUGUCUGGAUAAGGUUGCCACCUCGGCUUAGAAGCAUACUCAAACUCAGCAAGAAAAGUGGGCAUAAUUUAGGGGCCAAUACUCAGGAUGAAUUAUGGGAGGCCAAGAAAGGAACCAUAGUGGCAAUGAAGGUCCCUAACCAGGAAGAUAGUGAAGUACUUGAAAUCUCAGAAUGA